CUUUUCUUGAGUUUUUCCGGUAAUUCGGUUGUUAUGUAUUAUUUCAUGUUAUGGUCUUAAGAGAAUUUCAUAGAUACUUUUUAGACCUGUUUCGGUGAAAUUAAUAUAACGGAAUAUAAGUAUUUUUGCAAUAAGCUUUCAAGCAAUUCUCAAUAUUUAGUAUUUAUUAAACAUGAUUUCCGAACGAUAGUGAAUGGGAUCUGGAUUACUUUUCGAAUAUUCAGAUCAUGAUCGGUUUGGCCUGAUCAUAGAAAACCACAUAAUGACUCAUACGACAUAUGUCAGUUGAAAGGGAGGUUCAAGUUGUUUUUUCAACUUGAUUUAUAAAUUAAAUGAAAAAUGUCUGCUAAUCAAGAAAAUCGUCCUGAACUUUACGAAGAAGUAAAACUGUACCAUAACGCCAGAGAAAGGGAAAAGUAUGACAAUUUAGCAGAUCUCUAUGCCGUGAUAAAUACUUUACAACACUUGGAAAAAGCUUAUAUUAGAGAUUGUGUGGUCGCCAAAGAAUAUACAGGUGCCUGUAGUAAAUUAUUAGUUCAAUAUAAGGCAGCUUUUCGACAAGUUAAGAGUGAUGAAUUUCCAACUCCUGAUGCCUUCGUUAAGAAAUACAGGCUUGACUGUCCUGCAGCUUUAGAACGUAUUAAAGAGGAUAGACCAAUUACAAUAAAAGAUGACAAAGGUAAUACAAGUAGGUGUAUUGCUGAUAUUGUCUCAUUAUUCAUCACAAUAAUGGACAAACUGAGAUUGGAUAUUCGUUCUAUGGAUAAUUUACAUCCCGAUGUUAGAGAUUUGGUGGAUACCAUGAAUAGACUUAGCAUUUUGCCAUCUGAUUUUGAUGGAAAACAAAAAGUUGCAGAAUGGUUGAAUACUCUAAAUGAGAUGCAGGCCUCAGACGAACUUUCAGAAUCUCAAAUUAGGCAAUUUCUUUGUGAUCUUGAAAGUGCUUAUGCAUCAUUUAAUAAAGUUCUUCACAAUUCAGCCUAAUGAUUUUAUAUGCAUUUUAUAGUAAUAUUUGUAAGGAACAUUUUAUAAAAUUAAUAAUCUAUAUAUUUACUAAAAUGUUUGUAUAGUAUAUCCUAGUUGCCCAUUUAAAUAAUUUAAAAUAUUGUUAGAUUAGUAAUAAGUUCAAUUAAAAAUUAAGCAAUA